AUGUUCACUCCAGCAAGGCGGCGCUGUGUCAGCGCAAUCCAGAACUCUCGCUCCGCAGAAAUUUCCAUUCCGGCAUUCCUCCUCCCAGCCUUCCAGCAGCAAUCCUCGUCCUUUUCUACCUCGUCGCCAUGCCAGUCAAAGAUCGGUAGCGCACCGCUAUCAUUGCCUCCGGAUGUCAAGUUCAACAUCGUCGAAGCGCCUGUCCAGAAGAAGGGUGCUAGAGUCAGCCGUACACAAGAAGGCGCUAUUGUCCACAUUGAGGGCCCUCUUGGAAAGCUGUCUAUGCCCAUUCCCGCAUACAUGAACAUUGUCUCGGACGAAGCAAAACGCACAUACAGCUUGAGCAUUCUGGACCAGGAGGAGAGAAAGCAGAGAGAGAUGUGGGGAACCUGCCGCGCAUACUUGCAAAAUCACAUUCUUGGUGUUAGUGAAGGUCACUCUGCCAUCCUCCGUCUGGUUGGUGUCGGUUACCGUGCAACCGUCGAGAAAUCCGCCGUCACAAAACAGCCCGAAUAUCCUGGCCAGGAAUUCGUCUCUCUCAAAGUUGGCUACUCACAUCCCAUUGAACUCGGCGUCCCCAAGGGUGUGAAGGCGAGCACUCCCCAGCCUACACGUAUUCUGCUUGAGGGUGUCGAGAAGGAGGUUGUGAAGCAAUUCGCUGCCGAGAUCCGUGCAUGGAGAGUACCCGAGCCCUACAAGGGAAAGGGUAUUUUUGUCAACGACGAAACCAUCAAGUUGAAGGCCAAGAAGAUCAAAUAG